AAUACCUACUUAUGUGUAUUCGCACGCACAGUCUGAUACAAGGCAGCCGCUUCAUAAAUUGAACACUUAUUUCUUGCCAUUUAUAUAAAAAAAUGUAUUGGAACUGUUAAUUAUUUGUGUAAAUAUUAUAUAAAAUUUAGAUGUUGUGUUUACUUAUGUGUAUAAUGUUAAAUAAGAAGUGAUUAUAUAAAUUGUAUAAAUCUGCCUUGCUGCUUGCAUUAUGUUGAGGAAAGUUAUACUAAUACUCGGUUGCACCGUUUUAUUUUCUUUUUUGACCGGUUCAACAGGGGUAUACCUCUCAAAUCUAUCGCAGGAAUGUUUCAACUGUCUGUGCUACGUAUCCACGAAUUGCGAUACGUCACACGAAUGCACGGGGGGGUACUGCGGGCCAUUUAAUAUAUCUCGAGUGUACUGGGUCGACGCUGGCAAAGUUACCCUACCUGAUGACGACCCUGAGAGAAACCAUGCAUGGGAAGACUGCGCGCGUGACUUCGGUUGUUCGAAGCGGAUUAUUGCUGGAUAUCUGUCGAAGUUCGGUCAGGUCAGUCACACGUUCAACAACCAGGCAAUGUUUAUUGUGCCUUAG